AUGGAUAGAAAGCCACCCUCAGUGGGAGCAGUGCCUCCCGGUAUGGAAGGCGAGCACAACAAACUCCUCUAAGACAAGGCCAUCACUGUUGAUUUCAUGGGUCUCCUUCAAAGCGAUUUAGUGCCCUAGAUGUCAAAGCAUAAAGGCUACUCCUAUGUUUACAAGUUUCCUGAAAACUCCGAUGCUCAAUAAAGUCUAAUGAAGUAAUUGAGAGUUGCAAAUACAUUUUUGAAGGACUCAGGAAUAUCAAAUUCAAUUGAGGCAAAAUACCCGUCUGCCCGUAUAAGAAUAUUCGGAGGUACCAACCCAGGGGAGAAAGAGAGAAGAGCCAAAAUCACAUCUGCAAGAAAGACUACCAGAGGGCAGGUCAAUUUAUUGUGCAGGUAUAUGCUUUUCAAAAAGGGAAAGUUCACCCCUGGGAAAAUGGUAUGA